AAUCGGACAUGUCCAGCCAGUUCUUCAGGGGUCCGAGCCAAGUCCUUCUUGCUGGGUGCCUGCCGCAGCUAGUUUUCUGUGUCACCGGCCGCUUCGUCCUCACUCGUUCCUUGUUCUUACCGGCCGCGGUCGAGUGCGUACAAGGGCCCUACCCGCCUUCCGAGCCCGCCGGGUGUGCACUUUUCCCCGUCGGCCACAAGCAAGAACGGGAUGCUGGCAGGCAGUUGCCUGUUCAACGUCGGGUGUUGAGUUAGCCUUUUUGUCCUCCCCAGCAUGCCAGGCGCGUCUGGCCGCUGGCUGAAGAAGACAUCUACCUGGUGCCUAGGUAGAUAUAUGAGCCUGACUUGACUCCAUCUUCUUCUGAUUGAGACAACCGAGUCCUCUGAUCGCUCCAUCGGACCUCCUUCUGUUCGGCCUUUGGCCCCAACUGUCGUCGUCAACAGUCGUCUUGCCCUCCAGCGAGAAAACAUUAAGCCAGAGAGCCCUUUGACGCCCCGAAAGGCACGGCCUUCGUUGUUGUCAGUAUCCA